AUGUUCCCGCGGCCCGAGAAUUGGGGCAACUAUGUUGUGAAGCCACACGAGCCCUGGCACACUCACCAGCUCCAGGAUUACGUGAGUUUCGAGGCCAAAGCAGUCAAGAAAGGCACAGAGAAGCACAAUCACACAAAUCGAGGGCCAACGAACAGUAAAUGCAAGGUGAUUGCACACCGAAUGGAAGUCACGAUGAGGGAGGAGUAUGUUUAUAUGUACUCUACUCCACGAGAUCUGCGAAAUCCAAAUCACGGAUUGCUCUCGAUGCUUCAAGUCGGGAUUGAUUCUAGCAACCAGACUUGCUAUGCCGGACGAACCUUACAUUUCCCAACCAUUCACGAGAAAUGGCAAGAAACACGGCCGCUGCAAAAAUACAGCUUCUAUAGCCGCAAAAAAGCGGCCUCUACGCAAGACGCGGCCUGCCCUACCCGUGGGAACAUUGAAUCAUCUUGCGGAUACACUACGGCCUUCAGGCAAAACGCGGAUGCCGCAAAGAAGAGCCUCUAUAAAAAACGCGGCAUUUACGAAAAACGCGGCCUCUACAAAAAAAGCGGCCGCCGCAAAAAAAAGGCAGCCUAUGCGUAA